AUGGAUGCGUUACCGUCUCCGUCGUCAUCGUCGUCGCCGUCGACGUUGAAGAAGGUGGGGAGCGAACGGUCCGAGGUGAGCACGAUGAGCGGAUUACUGGGACUCGGCGGAGGAGGAGGAGGAGGAGGAGGAGGAGGAGAAGAUCAGAGAGGGUCCUCCACAUUUGAGUAUUUUGGUUGGGUUUAUCAUUUGGGGGUCAACUCCAUCGGCCACGAGUAUUGUCACCUCCGCUUCCUUUUCAUCCGCGGCAAGUAUGUCGAGAUGUACAAGCGUGACCCUCACGAGAACCCCGGCAUUAAACCCAUUCGGAGGGGCGUUGUUGGGCCCACACUUAUGCUGGAGGAGGUUGGGCGUCGAAAGGUCUACUAUGGGGAUGUUUACGUUCUACGGUUUUUCAAUCGAUUGGAUGAAUCAAAGAAGGGAGAAAUUGCUUGUGCUACGGCUGGAGAAGCCCAAAAAUGGCUGGAGGCCUUUGAUCAAGCCAAGCAACAGGCUGAGUUCGAGCUGACAAGAGGAGGUAGUGCCAGAAACAAACUGAACAUGGAGACCGAGCUCAAUCUCGAUGUCCAUCGACCUAGAGUAAGGCGCUACGCAAGUGGAUUGAAAAAGCUUAUAAGAAUUGGGCAAGGACCAGAGACACUUUUGUGCCAGUCCUCAAGCUUGGGUGCAAAUGGUAGUACAGAUGGAUACUUCGAAAGAGAUAUCAAUGAUGCAAUUGAAGCAUAUGAGUGGAAAUGUGUGCGAACAAUUAAUGGUGUUAGAAUAUUUGAAGAUGUUGCUAACUCUGAGAGUGGUAAAGGUGUUAUUGUCAAGGCUGUUGCUGUCAUCGAUGCAAGUGCAGAUACUGCUUUCGAAGUGCUUUUAAACCUUGAGCGACAUCAGAGAUAUGAGUGGGAUAUGCUGACAGGUGACUUGGAGCUGUUAGAUUCUUAUGAUGGGCACCUGGAUGUUGUCUAUGGGACAUUUGAUCCUAGGUGGCAUUCGAAAAGAGAUUUUAUAUUUUCUAGGCAAUGGUUUUGCGGACAAGACGGAACAUAUACAAUCUUGCAUUUCCCAGCUGUUCAUAAGAAGAAGCCUCCAAGAUCUGGAUAUCGUCGUACAAAAAUAAAUCCAUCUACUUGGGAGGUUAGAAAUUUGAACACAUCCAUGGGUUCAAAUACUCCAAGAUGUCUUGUCACUCAAAUGUUAGAGAUAAAUUCUGCGGGCUGGUGCAGAUGGAAGAAAAAUCACUGCUCAAAGUUUGAAAAGAGUGUACCUUAUGCAUUAUUGUGCCAAGUGGGAGGUCUUAAGGAAUAUAUUGGAGCAAAUCCUGCACUCAAAUUUGAAUCUUCUACUACAGUUAUCCAAUCAAAACUAUCUGAAGUUUCCGUUUCCAAUGCUGAAUUUGAGGAGUCAGAAGUCAAGGAUGAGUUUUAUGAUGCAAUGUCUGCGGACUCUUCAUCUUCUGACGAAGAACUUGACAACAAGGAUUCAAAAUUGAACUUGGCCUUGAAGCGAACCUCAGCUGCAGAUGCUAAUAAGGAACUGGAUUCUGAAGUGGCUCCUGUCAUGAUUGACCCAAGCCAAUUCCGUGGUUCAUUGCGCAAUGGGAAGGAUGAGGCUGACACAAACUGUUGGACAUGUCCAAGCGGUACGGGAUUUAUGAUCAGGGGAAAGAACUACCUAAAGGACAAUUCCAAGGUAAUGGGAGGAGAUCCCCUUCUCAAGCUCAUAGCAGUAGAUUGGUUCAAAGUUGAUAAAAGCUUAGAUAGGAUUGCACUCCAUCCACGGAGUCUUCUUCAGUCACAGGCUGGAAAGAAGCUUCCAUUUGUACUUGUCAUUAAUCUCCAGGUUCCCGCAAAACCAAACUAUAGUUUGGCACUUUACUAUGCUUCUGACAGACCUGCAAAGCCAGGUUCUUUGUUUGCUCAAUUUGUGGAUGGGAGUGACAUGUUUCGUGAUGCACGAUUUAAGUUAAUUCCUAGUAUCGUUGAGGGAUAUUGGAUGGUCAAGCGUGCUGUUGGAACAAAAGCUUGCCUAUUGGGGAAAGCUGUGACUUGCAAAUAUUUCAGACAAGACAACUUUCUAGAGAUUGAUGUGGAUAUUGGAUCAUCAUCUGUAGCAAGGAGUGUCAUCGGACUUGUCCUAGGAUAUGUCACGAGCAUAGUGGUUGACCUUGCCAUUUUGAUAGAGGCAAAAGAGGAGGCGGAGUUGCCCGAGUACAUUCUUGGGACUGUUCGACUAAAUCGUUUGAAGCUCGACUCUGCUGUCCGUUUGGAGGUUUGA